AUGACGACGUCGAUGUCGAAUCUUCCAAACCACUUGGAGGAGGAGAUUCUCUCUAUGAUUCCUCUCAGUUCCAUGAGAGCAGUGCGCUUAACUUGCAAAAAGUGGAACACUUUAUUCAAAAGCCGGAGCUUCACAACGAUGCACAUUGGUAAACAAGAAGCAGCAGCAAAGGAAUCAGAGGAGUCUCGGAUGGUCGUGAUGAUGGAUUACAAUGUUUGUUUAACGAGCGUCGUCUUCGUCAAUGAAAACGAAAACCCAUUAACGAAGCCUCUAGGUAAACUUACUUUGUUAAACAACGAACAAGUCAAGAUAUCUCAAGUCUUUCACUGUGAUGGUCUAUUGUUAUGCAUCUUGAAAGACGACGAUACUAGGUUUGUGGUUUGGAAUCCGUAUUUAGGGCAAACAAGGUGGAUCGAAACCCCACAUACUUAUAAUCAGUACAAAUACAAGUACGCUAUCGGAUACGAGAAAAAUAAAUCUUGUCGUAGCUACAAAAUCUUGAGGUCUAGGGAUAUCUACAUCGCCAAUCCCGGUUACAUUAAAUGCUACUCUGAAAUCUAUGACUUUGACUCUAAUUUAUGGACGAGUAAUAAUGUGGUGAGUGUAUUUUGGCAUGUAAGGUUUUGUGAUCGUCGCGUGACUCUCAAGGGAAACACAUAUUGGUGUGCUGAACACGGCAGAAGAGAUAUCACUCACACUGUGUGUUUUGAUUUCACGACAAAUAGAUUUGGGCAGCUUCGAGAUCUGCCUUUUAACGAUCCGUAUGACCAGCUUGUGACACUAUCUUGUGUGAGAGAUGAGAAGCUUGCGGUUCUAGUUCAGUCAACGGUAACAUAUGUGAUAGAUAUAUGGAUUACGGAUAACUUGGAGGAAGAAAAAGUGGUGUGGAGCAAGUUCUUGAGUGUGGAUUUGGGACCACUCACUGACUUGAGGAUUUCAGAUGGGUGUUUCUUCAUUGAUGAGGAGAAGAAAGUGGCCAUGGUUAUUAAUAAAGAUAGAGAAGAAAGAUUAGAUACCCUGAAAAUAUUUGGAGAGGAUGGAUACUUUUAUGAAUUGGAACUCGGAAAAUCUUCAGACAAAAAAAAGUGUUGGCCGGUUAUGUGCUCUUACGUUCCGAGUUUAGUGCAAGUCAAGCUACCUGAAGUAGGCAAAAGGAAGAGGAAAAGGCGCAAGAAGGUGGCACAAAGGAAUAGGAAAAGGCGCAAGAAGGUGGCACAAAGGAGAAAACGAGAUUGA